AUGACGCCAGAGGAACUGGCUCGCUUUGCCAGCACAGUGGGCGCGUUCUCUGCCGGUCAAAUUGACCGGCUCUACCAGCUUGUUGUCGGUGCCGGGGGUGGUGUUGGCGCAUCCGCCCUGAACGAGCAGUGGCGCGCUCUCGGACUCCAAGAAGGCAACAAUGGCGUCGCUGAAGGUGUGGACGAUGGAGUGUGCCUUGACUUCAUCGUUGAUCUCGCCAGAAUCGACCCCGACAUCCCACUGGACGCCAAAUUCUUUGAAAUCCUAGAGGCAGCAAACAUUGCCUUGACCACCACCACCACGUCCUCCCCUCGACCAUCCUCUCCACACUCCGUCGAGUCCAUCGACGAGAACGAACCCCUCUGGCGCCAAGCCGUCGCCCUCGACAAUCGCAGAUUGGUCUCACAGGUCAUAGAUAUUUGGCAGGAUCGAGUCAUUGAACGUCGCGCGGCUUACGAGCAAUAUGAGGAUGCUGAAGCCAAUGCCGUUGCUGAUACUCAAUACGGAUACAAACUGGCCAAGAGAACCAUUGAUCACUGGCGCUCGCGCGUCCAGCAUGUGAAAAGCUUGGAAGCUAUGGCAGCCAGAUUGCGCUUUGAGAGGGAUGCGUCUAGAGUAUUGAGGGCAUUGACACUCGCCGAGCGCGAGACGGUCUUCAUCCGUGAACGAACAAGGCGGUCAGCGGCCAGAUUCCUCGCCAUCUGGCGAGAGAAGACCGCGCGGAUCCAAGAAUUGGAGGACUACGCCGACAGCUUCCGCAAAAUCCACGCAGCACAAAAUGUCUUAGCACGCCUCUCUGAAACCCAUCACCACCAUCAAGAGGCUGAAUCCCUCGCUGUCACGAUCUACGAAGGCAACCUCGCACGGAGGAUCUUCAAUCAAUGGCUCGCACAGUCUCAAGCUAUCCGAGUCAAUGAUGAGCGUGCAGAGGCCGCGGCCGACUACUUCGCCGUGAAACACGCCUUUCAAAAGCUACGCGCGAGAGCUCAAUCUCGACUCGCCCAGAAAGAGAUUGCUCAAGCCCGCACCCACAUCCUCUACCUCAAGUACUUCCGAAAAUGGAGACUCGCUGUCAGAGACAUCAAAGAGGCCAAAUACAAUGCAGCCUACAAGACCAUGCGUCGCAAGGUCAAAGAAAACAUCGCAAGAGCGUCACUGAACCUCUGGAGGGAAAAGACGCGGCGCAUCAGAGAGAUGCACGCCAAUGCGGACGAGUUUCGAGCCCAAAAGCAAGGAGAACACGCCCGAAAGAUGGCUCACAGUGCCAUCGUCGCGAUGUACCGUCAUACCGAAGAAACGCAGCGGGCCGAGAAGCUAGCGGACGAAUUUUACCACCAAACCUUGGUUCGACGGUUCGGGAUUUUCGGCUCGAACUGGCUCAUGCCCGCCAGACAGAUUCUCUUAAAUCAGCGGGUCGCCGACGAGUACCGCGCCACGAGACUUGCCACCUACACGUUAGCUGCGCUGAGAACGAUGAGAAACUAUGCCUUUAGAGCGAAGAGACUUGAAGAAGACGCCGACACGCUACGCCAACGCAACGAGAAGAAACGCGCUCUAGCACUCUUGCAGAGAUGGAGACAAGCAGCCAUGCGAGCUCACGAGGAUGGAGCCGCAGUGGAGAACUCACUGGUGCCGGCCACGCCGGCGGCUCGUCGAAGCCAAUUGCUGGCAUCUACCACGCCGGCAUACACUCCUGCUACGGGCCUAUUUAGUGCCGCUAGUCGCAUGAUCGCAGAGGAUCAAGACGAAGAGGAAGAGGGGGAGGACCAGGAAGAAUACAUGCGGUCGUCAUGA